CCUCGGAGCUAGCUAUUCUACAAUCAUAGCUCCUUCCAUUUGGAACCUUAUAAGGAUAAGGAUAAGGUCAAAGGUCAAAGGUCACAACCACAACCACAACCUAUCUUGUAUCUAACCUCCAGCUUACAAUUUGCUACAUCCACCAGAUCGUACUUUUUGGUUCAAACAUCCAACCAAAAAAAGCUACAUCCAUACCAUCCCGUACCAACAACCCAUUACUACCACCUCUUUCAUACAUACUAGAUUCCAUAAACAGAGAGACACAAGGCGCUUUCGUGCAGGAAGUCUUUGAAUAUCUCCGACCUCGAACGAAAUAGGAUACCUGCAGCUCAGCCCAGAAAGUGAUACCCUUUCAAAGGACCCUAGUUUCAUACGGAGGCGUACCCCCCCCCAUUCACUUGCGUUUUUCCGCCAACAUCCAACUAGGUAGAGUAAGCACAUUGGGAAAAGAAGGCUGUCUGCUCGAGGGUCAACGCAAGUCAACACGCAGAUACGCAUAACUGCGAGAUCGCAAGGCUUUACGACGUGUCCUACACAUCAUACGGCCGACGUGGCAACCAAGGAAUUUUGAGGAAGCGGCUAUCCGACACCUGCACCUACCCAAAUACAUCAUGUCCAAUUCCCCUCCAAAGGAAACGGACGUUGAACAAGGAGUCUCGCCAGAUGACACGGAUGCACAAAUGAAUGAACAUACGGAUCCACACGCUCCUGGAGGCUACGAGUUUGAAGUCAAAGAACAAGAUAGAUGGCUCCCUAUAGCAAAUGUUGCACGUAUCAUGAAGACGGCUCUACCAGAAAAUGCAAAGAUUGCAAAAGAGGCCAAAGAGUGCAUGCAAGAAUGUGUCAGCGAAUUCAUCUCUUUCAUCACAAGCGAAGCUUCUGAGAAAUGUCAUCAAGAGAAGCGCAAGACUGUCAAUGGAGAAGACAUUCUGUUCGCCAUGACCUCCUUGGGAUUCGAAAAUUAUGCCGAAGCACUCAAAAUUUACCUAUCAAAAUAUCGAGAACAACAAUCGACUCGAGGAGAUAACCAAAAUCGACCAGGUAGCUCUGGUUUCGGACCACCUUCUGGAGCCACUACUGCAAAUGCCACCUCGGCAACGUUCCCUGUCGGAGCAGAGGGUGCUAAUAAUGUUCUUGCUGGUCAACAGGUAGAAGCAGAACACGAUAGCGGUGCUUAUGUUUAUGGUGGUGGUCACAAUGGUGCUACUGGUGGAGAAGGUUAUUAGGUGUUUUGUUUUGGAUUCAAAUUGACUAUAUCGGGUGAUCGAUGAAUUUUACGGGCGAAAGAUCUACAUUGCAAGAAUGUAUCAACUAUAUGCAAAGGUGUUGGGAAGGGAGGAAUUGGGCGGGUGCUAAUGGGCCACUUUCGAGAUAUCCAAAUUGCUUGUACAAAGGAUGGGGUCAAAAGUAAGGGGUGUUUUUUUGAUGCUUUAUUAGAUUUCUUGGCUCGUGAGAGCAAGAAGCCGAUAACCUCAGGGGGUUCGGUCUCAUGAAAGCUCAGAGAUGGACGAAUGGCAUUGGCAGUAAGGACAGCAUCAGAUGUAGGUUCAACAGCCCCACAUCAUAUUGCUAGAAUAAUACCACACAUCCUAUGGCUUGUAUAUCAAGGGAAAAUGAACAUAAUGAUACCAUCAACAUGUGCAUAUGUCCCUUUUGUAGCACCUGUUAGUUUUCAACUUU